AGAUGAGGCUCCUCAUAAUCCUCUCCAUUCUACCCCACAUCACCUUUGGAUACAUGGGCGCAGUAAUGGGUAAGCUGACAACUUGCGACGACGGAAUAACCAAUCUCAUCAAGGAUUGGGAUUCUAAGGAUUUCAGCGCAUUUACAUGUCUGAAUUCUAUUCAUUAUGCCGUGCAGAAGGAUAUCGAUUCUGAGUUUUUCGACAUGGUACAGCAAAAUAGCUCUUACGACCCGAAAAAGGAUCAGGUGAUGCAUAGAUGUAUGGAUGAGACGAUUGAUUAUGAGGAUCGAAUUCCUAUUCGAGGAGACCACCGUCCAAACUGGGCCCGCUUCGGCGAAUACCUGUACGUACCUGUUCAGCGGUGGCUUCAUAACUUGGAGCACGGCUCAAUUGUGCUCCUGUACCAUCCGUGUGUCGACUUGGACGAGCUGAACAAGUUGAGGCAGCUGGUGACGUCAUGUAUCUAUCGUCACGUUAUUACGCCGUAUAUCAAGCUUACGGCAGAGAGGCCACUGGCCCUUGUCGGAUGGGGAUCACGGCUGGAAAUGAACUCGGUCGACGAGAAGAAAGUUGUUGAAUUCAUGAAAAAAUACGGAAACCGUGCGCCAGAAGAGAUUACUCGCGACGGUUUGUAUGACGAGUACCUGCUCAAGGAGGCGAAGCCGGUCAGCGAGAAUGACAAGACGAUUUGUCCGAAUUAUUGAUUGCUUUUUUUGUAUGCAAAAAUUGAUGUGCCACCGGUUGAUUUAAUUUAUUGUCUGUGAUAAAGAAUGAUUUG